CAUUGUCACUAUUAUAGUAGAACAACAAAGAAGAGCAUCAAAAAUUAUUAUAAUGAAGAGAUUAUUGAAAAUUGUAAAGUGGGUUCCAAAUAAUAUUCAUGAAAGUAUUUAUCCACUGAUUUUCAUAAACUGGCUGUCAAUAUUUGGCUUCAGUGGAUAUCCCUUAGGCGGUACGAAAUAUAAUAAAUUCCGUUCCAUUCCGGGGAUAAUACUUUUUGGUAUUCUUUGUUGGGUGAUUUGUAAGACUUUUCACGAAUAUGUAGAUCCAAGCCCAUUUGCGUAUGCUGUCGAAGGAGUAUUCAUCACGGACACAAUAAUAAUAUUUGCUGCUCACAUAAACGGUUGGAUUAACUUUAAGAAGUUGAAUGGUCUUUAUGAAAGUAUGAUGGAAUUGGAUGAUGCGACUAGAAAUCUUGGCUUCAAGGAAAAUUAUAGCAGAACUUUUAAAGGUCUGCUAAGAUGGAUAUUUGCCUUUUUAGUUUUAGGCUUAAUGACAGAAUUUUUUAUGUUUGAAGAAUUAGAAUUUUUUGGAAUUCAAUUUUCGGUGAUCUACUUUGCAACAGUCAUAGAUUUGAAUAUACACUUAAGUAUCAAACGACAAAUUGAAAAUAAUUUACAAGUCUUUUAG